AGAUCCAGGAGAGUGAGAAAGUGAGGCUAGAGUCAUCAGAAGACAGUUUACUCGCGGGGAAAUUUAAUGACCUUGUUGUGAAGGCAAAAUGCGUUUUUACCCGAAGUGGGAAGACUGAAGUUGGAUUGGUAGUUCUUAUUGUUGAUAGCUCCAUAACAACACUCUGCGAAUCAAUAAAACGACCUAAGCAAAACGUGUUUUACCUGAAGCAUGGAUAG